UGUGGGAGUGUCUCAGCAUUUGACAAACACAGUCUUCGUGGACCGAGCUUUGAUAGUCGUCCCUUUCGCUGAAGUUCUUUUUCCUGGUUCAGCCAGUCCUAUAUACCAGGCCCUGCUGAAAAUACCAGCCAACAGUUUUGUCUUCUCCAGCUAAUCCUGUUUCUCAAGUGCCCUUUCUGUGUUGUGUGUUUUUGUAAAGAUCACAGAUGUUGUUUGAAGUGAAUUUAAUUUCAGAUUUAUGCACACCCAUGGAUCAUCUCAUAAGAUUUCCCAUAUUUUCUCUUCAGCUUUGGGCACAUAGCUUACUGAUAUGAGCAGGGCUUUUGCUGGUAGUAACCACUGAUUUUAUGAAUGCACUGUUUUUUUUUUAAAUGGCAGAUAAGUGAUGCUUUGUGUCACUGACAGUAGCGUUUUGUCGCCACAUUAGUUUUAUGCUGUAAGUGGCAGAACUAUGCUGCUAUUUACUGAAUCAGGUAAGGAGCAGGGAGGCCAGCCAGUACUGCUGCUGGCACUUUGCAGUAUGAGUCACCAGCAAAAGCCCAGUCAAAGGAAUUUGUAGACAUUAAAUGUUUAGGAUUAUAUUGUAUAUGGUAAGUUUAAACAUCAAGAAGGAAUUGUUCCAUGCUGUUGACUCCAAAAUCAUAAACUUUUGUUUUGUGUAUCUUGAUUUUUCUGUGUGCUUUGUAGCGAAGCAGCCGACGCGAGUCGCUUGUUCAUAAAACAUCUUAUGAAACUUGAGAGCACAACCCCACUGGAGAACCGGCUGUGCUCGCUUACGUUUGGUUCAUGACUUAAAAAACGAGUACAGGAGUUAUCCCUGAUGAGGCUAAAGCUUUGUCACUGCUGGCGCCAGCAAAUGCUGUUGCAGGCUUGCUUCCAGGUGGAGGUCUUCUCCCAACACCAAAUCCACUUGCAUCGAUGGGAGGUGUCCCUUUGGCUGCCCUUGGAGGUCCCACCCUUGAUCCAGCACUUGCUGCACUGAGUUUGCCAGGAUCCAACAUAAAUCCCCAGUCCCUGACAGCUGAUCAGCUUCUGAAGCUCAUGACAUCUGUAGAUCCAAAGCUGAAUCAUAUGGCGGCAGGACUGAAUCUCAAUCCUGGACUGAAAGCAGAUGCCUCCAGUAAAGAGAUAGAGGAGGCAAUGAAGCGGGUCAGAGAAGCACAGUCGUUGAUCUCCGCAGCGAUCGAGCCUGGGAAUAAGAAGGACGACAAACGGAAGCAUUCGCGGUCCAGGUCUAGAUCAAGGCGGAGAAGGUCCAGGUCUCGCUCAAGACACAGGCGUUCAAAGAGUAGAUCAAGACGCAGGUCUCGUUCAAGGAGUAGAAGGCGUUCUAAAAGUCCUCGUAGGAGGAAGUCUCAUUCAAAGGACAGAAGCAGACGCACACGGAGCAAAUCCAGGGAUAGAAAGAAGGAAGAGAAGGAUAAGAAACGUUCCAAAACUCCCCCAAAGAGUUACAGCACCACCAGAAGGUCUCGAAGCAUCAGUCGGAGGCGCAGACGAAGCCGCAGCGCGAGCCGAUCUCCGAAGAAGUCCAGGUCCCCAAAGAGAAAGCUCUCCAGGUCUCCCUCUCCUAGAAGGCACAAGAAAGAAAAAAAGAAGGACAAGGACAGAGAGAAGGAGCGUGAUAGGGACAGGGAGAGGAAAGAGGAGAAAGACAGGAGUAGAGAUCAAAGAGAACGCUCAACCAGCAAAAAGAAGAAAAGCAAAGACAAGGAAAAGGAGCGGGAAAAGAAGUCUGACAGUGAAAAGGGAGAUGUGAAGUGCUCUAAACACGGACUCUUGCAAGCAGAGAUGACUAAUAAGGCAGAAGUGAUCGAGGUAACCCGAGACUAUGAUGAAGAAGAACAAGGGUAUGACAGUGAAAAGGAGAAAGAAGUGAAGAAAGAUGCUGAUAUGGCUGAAUCACCAAAGCCCAAGGAGCCUUCACUGGAGAAAACGGAAGGGGUAAUGGUGAAGGAGUCCAAAGUCAACGGCGAUGAUCACCACGAGGAGGACAUGGAUAUGAGCGACUAAAUGCAUCCCGAGCAAACCUAUUACUUAGAACAUGCAUCAGCACCAUUCCACAAGCUUUAGUUCAUUUUUAAAGGCAACAGGAAAUAUACUCCAAUGCUCCAUAGAAACUGGCAGGUUAAUUGUAGUCUUAACUUUAAAAAUGUAUUGUUUUGUUUUAAUAUUAAAACCAUUUACAUCUUUCCAGGCCCAAUAGUAUAGACACUGUAGAAUUAGCCAGUUUAUCUACAAAGUGGAAUGACCUGUUUGCAUGUUGGAACUGUUCAGCCUAAAUUGUUUGUAAAAAAUAAAGAAAUUACAACAAAAAUAUUACUAUAAACAUGGUUUUAAGAUUUCAUAUUGCUGUAAUUGUCAGGGGCCUGUAAUAUUGAUUACCCCUGAGAUGUGGUUAAUGCACAAUUUCUAUUUUUGUGCUUUAAGUUAUACUAUACUAAAUGGUAGAGUUAAAAUCUCUUAUUCAAUGACAUGUAUAUUUUAAAAUGUUUCACUGUUGAGGAAUUAGUCACUUGCAUUUCUUGUCAAAUACUGUUUUUUUUAUAUUGAGCCUAAUAACAGUAACUUAGAUGUGGCUUGCUUUCCAUUGCUACACGGCAUUUUCAUUGAGCGGUCUGUUUAAUGGAGAAUGCAUUGCCGUUGUUGUCCUCGCUGCACUCUACAGUUAACAUAGAUGUGCUAUUUACAAAGUCUUGUGAUUGCUUUCUGACCUCCCAUUUCUGAUUAUAACAUGCAAUAGGUUGACAUUCUAAUGUUUGUGGAUUAGACUGCACCCUGUCC